AAUCGGGUGGAGGCCUGUGUAUCUUUUCGGAAGCACCAGAUGAUGCAAGGGAUCUGAAAGGCCUUGGGAUACCUGUUUAAUGAUUGACAGGUGGGGAAAGCAAAAGGUCAGGCUCCAUAGUGGAAAGGGUGUCGGGUUGCCGGGCGGAUUUCGUCUCCCUGGGACCACAGGACCCAAUACGGUCUACCUUUCCAGGCCCAGAAGGCAUUCCUGCAAAGAGCAUCAUGCCCUUUGGAUGCCCAGUGAUCCCUCGGAGAAGUUGCAAGCACCCAGAACCAGGCAGGUAGCGGAUCCGGGAUCCCGUUGACGUCUCCAAGGAUGCCGAAAGUGGGCUUGCAGAAGGGACCUCUCCCACUGGAGUCUCAGCCGCAUUGGAUGCCAGAAUUGGAUGCUCAGGACCUGCGCACGGCGUCUGUGGAAAGGCGCAUCAGGCAGGACGAGGCAUGGCAGCUCCAGAAGACCCUCCAAGACAUGAUUUUCCAAUUCCGGGACUGGCUGCGCUUAGCCGAAGCGAUGGCCUCGUCCCCGGCCUCUUCCCAGGUCUCUUUCGCCCGUUCCAAGAAAGAGCUCCAAAGGUUCGAGGCGCUGCAAAGACAGGUCUCUGACAAGCUGUUGCCUUUGGAAGCCUUGAACCGGCAAUACCGUCGGCUGGUGCAGAGAGGCGGCCUUUGCCCCGAAAUCAAGUCCCGGGUUCAAGACGUCAACCGGCGUUGGGAUGCUUUGAAGAUUUGGUCUGCUGUCGUUUCCAAGAGGCUGAAGCAUGUUCUGAAACAACGGGAAGAGUUUGAAUCGGAGCGAGAGACCCUCCGGCUGUGGCUAAUGGAAUUGGACCUCCGUCUUACUGACGUGGAGCAUUUUUCGGGCGGCACAUCUUUGGAAAAAAUGAUCCAGCUGCAGGCUUUCCAAGAGGAUGUGCAGGCCAAUGCGGAGCGCGUGGACCACUUGCUGGUGCACGGGGAGCGCCUGAUCCAGAAGAGCCACCCGGAAGAUGCUGAGAUCCUGGAAGAGGAGCUGCAGGACCUGAGCUGCUUCUGCCAGGAGGUCUUCCGCAGAGUCUUCCGCUUCCGACGGAGACUGGUCAGCAUGAGGCUGGUCUUUGAGGACGAAUGGCUGUCGGACCGUGACAGUGACUUCUCCGAAGACUCCCUACAACUGGACAAAGCGGAAGCCGGGCAACGUAUGGGCCCCCAUUGCCAAUCCACCCCAAAGAAAGCCCUCCUGCCUCGCAAAAAAGCCUCUGCAUAUGAAGGGGGGAUGAUGGAUUUGGAGUGGGACCCUUCCGUGGAUGUUGGAGGUUCCACGUCGCAUGACGAAGAGGACUCUUCCUACUUCAGUGCCAUUACAAGUGUGGGCCUUUGGGAAGAGCCUCGCCGGAGGAGCCGAGCAUCUCGCUGGGUGUCCGGAUCGUUGCCGUUGAGGAGCGACAGCCGGGAAGACUUUGUGGAACCAAAUGUAUAUGGAGACGAGUGGGAACAGUUGGAAUAUUCGGUGGCAAAACACAGGCGGAAAAUGUGCAAUUUAGGGAAGUGCCUUUCUUGGGAAGCGUUUGAGGGGUGCCACCAACCCCAGGAAUGGACCUUGGAGAAAGAAAAAGGCUUCCGUCUCAUCGAACCGGUUGGGUUUGACCCCGAACGCAUCGAGUCUUGGCUGGGACAGAAUUGCCAAGAAUUGCAGGCGGAGGUGCAGCCACAAGAUGCGGGAACGUGCCCAUCCGCUCCUGUAUCUGCCAAAGGGAAUCUCCCAAUUCAAUCUCCAGCAACUGGGCACCAAGGAAAGCCACGGAAACCCCAGCAGCGGGCAAAGAAGAAAGCGAAACCCACUCCCAUCUCCUCACCUGGUUUGGCGAGCAAUGGCCAGAUCUGCAAGGAGAAAUCGCUCGUAUCCGGGCCUGUGGAAAUCGCAGUCGCCGUGAAAAAGGGGUACAACCCAGGGCCUUGUUUGGACUUCAUCCGACCUCCAAAUACCAUUCCCGUUUGGAACAAAGCAAGGAUGUUGUUGUUGUUCUUCUUCUCGGCCGUGUUGCUUUUCUUCUUCUUCUUCUUCGCCGGGACUUCUUCGCUCCCUUUCUUCAAAGCCAGCUGUCUGCAAGAGAACGGCUUUGCAAAGUCUUUCCAUCUUAUGCUGAAAUACACUGGACCGCCACCUAUUUAGGCAUGGGCCAACUUGGGCCCUCCAGGUGUUUUGGACUGCAACUCCCACAAUUCCUAACAGCCUACCGGCUGUUAGGAAUUGUGGGAGUUGCAGUCCAAAACACCUGGAGGGCCCAAGUUGGUCCGUGCUUGCAUUAUCAUCACUGCUUUGUAUAUAUUUGGCACAUAAGGUUUCUAAUAAAUGGAAGAAGAGA